UUUAUGAAGCCGCCCUCGCCUGGUUCAGUCUCGGCGGACGGUGCCGCCGGCCACGGUGCCUGCGGCGUCGUGACGUAUGAGUCACGUGACCUCGGCAGUCGGCGGUCAGGGGAUGCGGGCCGAUGGCCGGCAGACUUGCUUGGACCGGGGGCUGGGGCGGAUGAUUGCGGCCGGUGUGGCCAGAAGUGGCGGCCUCCAUAUUCACAGACACAAAAUGGUCCGCCGCUAUACACGGAAGACCGCGCGGAGAGUGACUUCCCCCGAGAUGGUGGCGAGAGCUCGCUGGCUGAUCGCGGACGGUUACUCUAUCCGCGCAGCCGCACGCGCUGUCGGCCUCCCCGUACAAACGAUGCGUGACGCGCUGAAGGCGAUGAAGCCACGCUCGUACGUGUCUCGUCAAGUAUUCAGUGCCGAGGAAGAGGCCGAACUAAGUAACUACCUGACGACCUGCACCAAAAUGCUCCACGGUCUCUCAGCGAAGAGAACGCGUGAGCUCGCAUACGAGUUCGCCCUGCACAAAGCGAAGCCCAUCCCAGCAAACUGGCGCAGACAAAGGAAGGCCGGGGUCGAAUGGCUGCGGUCAUUCCUCGCCCGGAACCAGCUGUCCAUCCGUAAGCCGGAGGCAACGUCUCUGCACCGGGCGAUUGGCUUCACCAGGAAAAGCAAGGACGCCUUCUUCAACAACCUCCGCGCCGUCAUGGAGAAAAACAAGUUCCCGCCUGAGUCCAUCUACAACUUGGACGAGACGGGUAUCACGACGGUAGCGGAGAUGGAAAAGGUGGUAGCGCAGAAGGGCGCCAAGCAGGUGGGCUCCAUCACGGCCGCCGAGCGCGGCACCCUCGUUACCGUGGCUUGCGCGGUAAACGCGACGGGCAACGCGAUGCCACCCUUCUUCGUAUUCCCCCGAGUCCGCUAUAGCGAUUCGUUCGUGGAUGGCGGCCCGGCCGGCUCUGAUGGAUACGCAACUCCCAAAGGAUGGAUGACAUCAGAGGUGUUCUUGCUUGCCUUCCAGCACUUUGUGAAGCACGCCAAGCCGUCGAAGGAGCGGCCUGUGCUCCUCCUGAUGGACAAUCACGAGAGCCAUAUGAGCUUGGCGCUCAUCAUGGAGGCGCGGGAGGCGGGAGUCGUCAUUCUAACAUUCCCGCCACACUGCUCUCACCGCCUCCAGCCGCUCGACGUUUCCGUGUAUGGGCCGGUGAAGCGCUUCUACCAGACGUCCAUGACAGAGUACAUGCUCAGCCAUCCCGGCCGGCGUCCCUCCAUCUACGAUCUGCCGGCAAUCUUCCGACGCCCAUUCGAGCUCGGAAUGACGCCGUCAAACAUUCUGUCUGGUUUCCGCGCCACGGGAAUCUUCCCGCUCGACUCCAACAUCUUCCCCGAGGAGUCAUUCGCCGCCGAGAGUGUCUUCAUUCCGCAAGUGGUCGGUAACGAAACCGCCGACGCGGAAGAUCAGUCUGUCUUGGAGACCAUCCGGCCUCUUCCGCGCUUCCAGGUGGCCGAGCGCAAGACGGGCAGAAAGAAGGGCUACUCUCGCAUCAUAACGUCUUCGCCAGAGAAGCACAAUGUCGAGGAGCUGGAGACGAAACGGCGGAAAGUCGAUGCCAAGAAGCGACUCCCCCAGACGUCGGCGGCGGCAUCGCCGAUCGCCAGCAACAGAAACUCUCACACCGUCACCCAUCCCAACCGGCUCAGGCCACGAGGACAACAACGAGGACAUUGAUCUCACCACGAUCGAUGAGGCCCGAUGCGCCGACCUGAAGUCGUUCGCUCUGGUGGUGAACGCCAGUGAUAUCAGGGCAGGUAAUUGAUUUUUGGUGACGAUCCACGGCGGCGCCCGCAAGAAGGCCAGCUUUCGCUACGUCGCGGCCGCCACCGCCGACACAGACGAGGACGACGGGGAGACGAUCAAGCACGGCUAUCAGAGCGUCGAUACGUCCAAGACGCUUUUCAAAAGCGCCGAAGGAGACGUGUUCGCGGUCCCGUUUGAGGACAUCAUCUGUCGCCUGCAGGAGCCAACCACCAAGGGCACCGGCCGCAAGGCCCACGUUCGGAUCUGCGGCAGUGUUGAUACGAAGGAAAUGUAGGCUAGUUGGCUGAGUGUGAUCUCGUGAGUUGUAUAGUUGAGCGCAGGGUAGGGCUCAUGGAAGCUAAGAAAGCUCAGGGAAGUGUGCCGUUAUAUUUUGGUUGUUUUUGUUUUGUUUUCCCAGUGUUUUUGUUUUGCUAGUUCGCGGUCCCGUUUGAGGACAUUAUCUGUCGCCCGCAGGAGCCCACCGUCGGCCACAAGGCCCACUUCCGGUUCUGCGGUAGUGUGCUGUGUUGUCAUACUUUGGUUAGUUUUGUUUUAUUUUGCCAGUGACAGAAUACAUUAUUUUUGGUCAUCCCAUUCUUUCUGCAUGUGUUGGGCAAUCAUUAUUGUGGAUAAAUUUCUCGUGAAAAGCUUAUUGGUUGCCCCCUGACAAUAUUUUUGGUAAAUAUCUGGUAAUUCUGGGUAAUUCCUGGAACGUUGCGGGUUGAACGUAAAUGCUCC